UCGCCAAGUACUGAAUCCAGCAAAUAUUUUCCGAUCUUUCCACACUUCGUUUCGCAUACUCGUCUUUCCACUCCCUCCUUCCCUUCUCCCGGCACCAAAUCUCCAGAUCGAUCGUCGCCGGUAAACGGCUGGUGGCGUAUUACCGGAGGAUAAACGAUGCUGAAAUUCUUGAAAGGCGUCGUCGCCGGAUCUGGGACGGGCGUCAAGGAUCUGCCAUACAACAUCGGCGAGCCUUAUUCCUCUGCUUGGGGCUCUUGGGUUCACUACCGCGGAACCUCCAAAGACGAUGGUGCUCCUGUGUCUAUAUUUGCACUCUCAGGUAGUAACGCAAAUGAUGGGCAUUUGGCAGCUGGUCGCAAUGGAGUCAAACGACUUCGCACAGUCAGGCAUCCCAAUAUUUUAUCAUUUCUUCACAGCACGGAAGUUGAAACUUUUGAUGGUUCUACAACAAAGGUUACUAUUUAUAUUGUCACUGAACCUGUAAUGCCACUUUCUGAAAAGCUCAAGGAAUUAGGAUUAGUGGGCACACAAAGAGAUGAAUAUUAUGCCUGGGGACUGCAUCGAAUAACCAAGGCUGUGAGCUUCUUGAAUAAUGAUUGUAAACUUGUUCAUGGCAAUGUUUGUGUUGCUAGUGUUGUUGUUACUCAAACUCUAGACUGGAAAUUGCAUGCCUUGGAUGUUCUUUCUGAGUUUGAUGGAAACAAUGAAACUUCUACUGGACCAAUGCUGCAAUAUGAAUGGCUUAUUGGUACACAAUAUAAACCAUUGGAGAUGGUCAAGUCUGAUUGGACAGCAAUCAGAAAAUCUCCACCAUGGGCUAUUGAUUCUUGGGGUUUAGGUUGUUUUAUUUAUGAACUUUUUUCUAGUACAAAGCUGAGCAAAACAGAGGAGUUGCGUAAUACUGGUUCCAUUCCUAAGUCUCUACUUCCAGAUUAUCAGCGCCUCUUGAGUGCUACACCUUCUCGCAGGUUAAAUUCAUCUAAGCUUCUGGAAAAUAGUGAAUACUUUCAAAAUAAAUUGGUGGAGACCAUACAAUUCAUGGAAAUUCUUAAUUUGAAGGACAGUGUUGAAAAAGACACUUUCUUUCGUAAACUUCCAAAUUUAGCAGAUCAACUUCCUCGCCAGAUAGUACUGAAAAAGUUGCUUCCAUUGCUUGCAUCUGCUCUAGAAUUUGGUUCAGCUGCUGCACCUGCUUUGACAGCAUUUUUGAAAAUGGGUUCUUGGCUUUCAACAGAGGAAUUUAGUCUCAAGGUACUGCCAACAAUUGUAAAACUUUUUGCCUCAAAUGACCGGGCAAUACGAGUUAGUCUUCUGCAACAUGUUGAUCAAUUCGGGGAAUCAUUAUCUUCACAAAUUGUUGAUGAACAAGUUUACCCUCACGUUGCUACUGGAUUCUCUGACACAUCUGCAUUCCUCCGGGAGUUGACUCUUAAGUCAAUGCUUGUUCUGGCACCUAAGCUAUCCCAGCGCACUAUAUCUGGAUCAUUAUUGAAGUAUCUUUCUAAGCUACAGGUGGAUGAAGAGCCAGCAAUCAGAACAAAUACAACUAUAUUACUUGGAAAUAUUGCCAGUCACCUGAACGAAGGGACGAGGAAGAGAGUUCUUAUAAAUGCAUUCACUGUACGUGCUUUGCGUGACACAUUCUCGCCUGCCCGAGGAGCAGGUGUUAUGGCUUUGUGUGCCACUAGUUCUUACUAUGAUGUGACUGAGAUUGCAACACGUAUUUUGCCAAAUAUUGUUGUGCUUACCAUUGAUCCUGACAGUGACGUAAGGUCAAAAGCUUUCCAAGCAGUGGACCAAUUUUUGCAACUAUUGAAACAACACGAUAAGGCAAGCACUGGAGAUGGGACUGGAAUAGGCAUGCAAACUUCAUCUAUUCCUGGAAAUGCAAGUUUGCUUGGCUGGGCUAUGAGCUCAUUGACCCUCAAAGGCGGCAAACCUUCUGAAUAUAGUUCUGUUACCCCAGCAAAUUCUAGCGCACCACAUAACUCUGCAAUUUCAAAUGCUAGCUUGGGUACAGAAGAUGCAAAUAUAGCUCCAAUCCAAGUUCGUUCUAGUACGGAUAUUGCUGAUCAUCCAGCUCCUGAAUCUCCUACAUCUACUGAUGGAUGGGGAGAGCUUGAAAAUGGAAUUCACGACGAUCUAGAAAAUGAAAAAGACGGAUGGGAUGAUAUGGAGCCACUGGAAGAUCCGAAGCCACCUGCAGCUCUUGCAAACAUCCAAGCUGCUCAAAAACGCCCAGUCUCUCAACCAAAAUCACAAGCUUCUAUUCCAAGACCAAAGAGCAUAUCAAAGAUGAACGCAGACGACGAUGACUUGUGGGGAUCAGCAGCUGCCCCUGUCCCAAAAACUACUAAAGCAGCAGCAAGCUCAAGGGCUAGCUUUGAUAAUGAUCCAUGGGAUUCCGUGGCCCCCGCUCCCAAGACAACUGCAAAAAAGGCUGCAACCGCCGAUGAUGAUCUCUGGGGCUCCAUUGCAGCUCCUGAACCAACAACCGCAGCAAGACCAUCAUCCAUUGGGCGAGGGCGGAGUAAACCUGCUGCUCCCAGACUGGGAGCUCAAAGAAUCAACCGAACAUCCGGGACGUAAAAGCACAAAAAAACCGAGCAGAAAUCAGGAAAAGAAUCUGGACUGCUGUACAUUUUCCUCCUCCCUCCCUCCCUCCCUCUUCUGGUGACUUCCAGUUCUAAUGACCCAAAAUGAACUGAUGUCCCCUAGACAGAGGUUACUAAUAUGUUUUGCUGACCUCAUAAGAUAUGUAAUGCCUUAGUUUUCUCAGUCAAACUUCCAUUCUUUUUUGCACUGGUUGCAUAUAACUCAAUUCUUUAUAUACCCAUCCAAAUUCAUUAUGCCUCAAUGCUACCGUUGUCUGCCUUUCUUAAAGUGAGUAAAAGGUAUUGUAAUGUGCUAUGAAGUCUGUACUCAUCUUUGUCUUGUUUAAUAUUCAAUCAAUAUUUUUGAGUUCUUGGUUUCA